AUGCCUGUCGGCCACGAGCGCAUCAACGCCCGCGAGGCUCACCCUAACGACAACAUCGUCUUCAUCAGCGUCCUCGAGGACCUUCCCGACGCCGACCAGGCCAAGAAGAUCCUCGAUGCGCUCGCGGCCCAAUUCAAGCCGAUCAUGACUCAGUGGGGCUUUGGCGUCAACUCGCUCCGCGAGCACGAGUGGAACCCGACUUUCGCGGGCCGCAACUGGAACGCUGGCGAGGUCAUCGAGAUCGUGCUCAGGCGUCGCGACGGCAGCUUCGCCCCGUACCAGUUCCUCCUCUACGUCAUGUGCCACGAGCUCGCCCACGUCCGCGAGAUGAAUCACUCGCACGCGUUCCAGAGCGUCAACAAGCAGCUGCGCGAGGCCCUGUCGGCGCUCCGGGCCAAGGGCUACUACGGCGACGGCUUCUGGUCCUCGGGCCGUUCGCUCAAGUACACCAACGCCACCGUGCCGCUCACGGGCGCCGACGAGCCCGCCUUCACGUGCGGCGGCGCCAACAAGAAGCGUCGCCGCCGCGGCCAGCCUCGCGCGCCGACGGCCGGGCCGAGCAAGCCGCGCGGCGCGCCCGUGCAGCAGGGCGCGACGGGCCGCCAGACGCAGGCGACGUCGAUCGCGGCCAAGCCGGGAGCGAGGGUCAGCAGGAAGGGCGCGUUCCCCGAGGGAGGAGGGCAGACGCUCAGCGCCGACCCGGCGCAGAGCAGCUUCAAGCGCAGGUCGCAGGCCAAGGGCGCCGUCAACGCGCGCGCCGAGGCGGCCCAAGCGCGCCUUGACGCCGAGAAGCGCGCGCAGGCCGCCGCCGCUCGCGCCAGCGCCGUCGGGUCCACCUCGAAGGUCAAGCAGGAGGACAACAAGCCGCGCAUCAAGGCCGAGGCGCCGGGCGUCAUCGUCCUCGGUGACAGCGACGACGACGACGGGCAGCACUCGCGCUCGGGCUCGGGCGGCGAGGCCGAGUGGGAGUGGGAGAGCGACGCCGAGGGCGACGAGGUCAAGUUCGAGAACGACGACGAGCGCCACUUCCUCGAGGACGACAUGCGCGACUGGGCGACGAUCGUCAAGCAGGAGGACGACGUGGCCAAGCGCGCCGAGCAGGCUCGCGCCGCCGAGCCGCAACGUUCGUCUUCGUCCUCGUCCGCCGUCCAGGGCAAGGGCAAGGGCAAGGCGUCGAGCUCGCCGUCGUCGUCGCGCAAGCGUCGCGCGUCGCCCUCGCCGCCGGCGCAGGACGACUCGCUCGACGCGCUCGACCUGACGCCGCACGAGCGCGCCAUGAUCGAGGCCGACGAGCGCGGGUACGACAACGAGGCCGACGGCGUCGAGCGCGUCGGCAAGAAGGGCAGGGUCGCGUACAUGGCGGUGCCCGGUGCGGCGGUCGCCGGCGGAAAGGGCGGCGGAAAGGGCGUCAAGGGCAAGGGAAAGGGAAAGGGCAACGCGCCGACCGUCAAGCGCCGCUUCCAGACCCGCCUCGACUCGGACGACGACGACGAGUCGAGCGACGACGCUGCGACGGCCAAGGGCUCGGCGACGACGUCAAGCUCCGUCAAGUUGAAGACGCACAAGCGCAAGCACGAGUCGAGCUCGGCCGAGGAGCUGGACCGCUCGUCGCCCUCAAAUGCCGCCACCGCAACCCUCGGCUCGUCCUUGUCGACCGCCCGCACGACCGCCAAGGCGCCCUCCUCGAGCAAGAAGAAGCCGCACGCGCUCGACCUCACCUCGUCGUCCCCUGUCGUCCCCAAGGCGCCCGUCAAGGCGCCCGUCGGCGGCGGCAAGGACAUGCGCUCGAGCAAGAACAAGGGCAAGGGCAAGGCGGUCCGAGCGCCGGCGCCAUCCUCGUCCUCCUCGGACGACGACACGCCUCCCGUCGUCUCGAAGCCCAAGCCCAAGCCCAAGGUCGAGUCGAAGCCGUCGUCCAAGCCGGUCAAGAAGCCUCGCAAGACGCGCUCGGACAAGGGCAAGAAGCGCGGCCCGCAAAAGCCCAAGUCGCCCGCCGCCGGUGUCGUCGCUCGCCGCCACAGCUCGAGCGAGAGCGACGUCAAGCCUGUCGACCCGUUCGAGCGCAUGAAGAGGGAGCGCGAGACCGAGGACGUUGAGCUCGACUGGACGGACGAGGAGCCGGCCGAAACGAGGCGCCGUCUCGCCGAGGCGCAGGCUCGUCGUCGCAGCAGCGGCGCCGUCGACUCGGUCAAGAAGCCCAAGCCCAAGGGCAAAGGGCGCGCGCUCCAGCCCCGCGGCUCGCUCAACCUCGACCUCGCGCUCGUCCCGGACCUCAACCUCGACCCGCACGUCGCGCUCGACUCGGACGCCUCGUUCCUCUGCGACCUUCCCUCGCCUCUCUUCCCGUCUUUCACCGCCGCCGGCGGCACCGAGGCCGACGUUGGCGGCUUCAUCGGCCUCUCGACGCCCAAGCGCGCACGCGGCAUCGCCCUCGUCGAGGCCCAGGUCGCCUACAACGAGCGUGUCGAGGCGCAGCGCGCCGAGCGCAAGAGGCGCGAGGAGCAGACGGCCCCCGAGGACGCGGCGCAGCGCAAGGCGCAGGAGGUCCGAGCGCGCUUGGCGGCGAUGGUCGAGGAUGAGGAGAAGCGCAACGCGGCCGCUCGCGCUUCGGCGACGGCUGGCGACGGUGCAGCGCCCUCGACUCGCGGUGGAGCAACGGCGGCGGCCGGCGGCGCCGAGGGAGGAGGGCAGAGUGCCGAGGUCGAGGCGGCGUACGCGAGGACGUUGCCCUGCGGCGAGUGA